AUGGAGCGAGCAGUGAGCCUCCCGAACCAGCCCGACAGAACCACCACCGUGACGCUGGUGGAGAGCAGCCCCAGCCCCAGUGGUCUGGACCUGGUGAGUUCCUACCAGACCAUGAGAGCUGGAGACCCCAUGGACCUGGUGGCGUUGGCCUCACAAGUGCAAAAGGGAGAUGAUUUUAUCAAAGCAAACGCCUGCAACAAACUGACUGUGAUCGCGGACCAGAUCAGAUACCUCCAGGAGCAGGCUCGGAAGGUUUUAGAAGAAGCCAAACGAGACGCAGACCUCCACCAUGCGGCGUGUAACAUGGUGAAGAAACCAGGAAACAUGUACUACCUCUACCAACGACCAUCGGGACAGAAGUACUUCUCCAUCGUCUCUCCAAAGCACAAGAGGAAGAGCAGUGACCCAGUCAAGUUUUGA